AAGCCAUCCGGAAAUGGAUCCCAAAAUGAUCGCGACCAACACCACUACUCCGAAGUCUCCUCAUAGUUCAAACACUCAUCACUCCACUCCACAAACCCCAUCUAUCCAUCAUCAUGUCUGAGGCACAGAUCGCUCAUCGCCGCUUGGUCCAGUCGCUAUACAGGCGUUCGCUCAAAACAGCGCAGGACUGGUACAUCGACUCGAACCUCUUCCGCAGAAAAGCCGUUGAGCUCCGCAUGCAGUUUGAGGCUAACAAGAACAUCCGUCAGCCUCGUCAGAUCGCCCAAGUCAUCCAGGAUGCUGAACGUCAGUUGACUGAGCUGAGACAUCCUGAUCCCUAUAUUUACCCCACUGCCCCUGGUGGCUCCAAGUUUGAGCGCAAUCUCCACCCUCCCACUGCUGAGCCUAUCGAUGCCCACCACUAAAGUUGUCAUGGCGGAGGAGAAACACAGUAUGUCGCGGCGGAAAAAUGUUCAGAGUGCGCAGAAAACUGAGGACGAAUUGCAUAAACGAUUCAGGAUACAAUAUUGAGCAGCAGAUCCAGCGAGAAAUAUAGAAGCGCGCGCAUAGAGGCAUUACAGUACUUUUGGCGAAAAAAUGAAUAAACCUUCAAGGAUUUUUUUUUUUUUUUUUU